AUGGAUCAACUACCAUUGGAGAUCAAGCAUAUAAUUGCCCAGUGGGCAGACGAAAACAAAUCCAAGGAAAGCCUCCAAGCCUUGUCAAAAGUAAAUAGGCAAUGGAACAAGAUUGCCUCAUCGGUGUUGUACCGAAAUCUCGUCAUCCGCCUCAAUUCUCAAGGAGAAAUUCCCCGCAAAUUGCUCCUUCCGCCGGACACCCGAAGUGUUCUCACCCACGUGAAAACAUUAAGUCUUGUGGCGGAGCUUGUUCCGCCUAAACCUGGAGUCCGAGGAACCGACGAUAUCCCGCAUGUUCUGGAAAGAUUAAGGCUAGGAGAACUAGACAACCCCGCCUUCCACCGCGUUGGAAGGUAUGGCAAGGGAGAUUGGACUUUCAUUGCGGAUUUUAUCAGACAAAUCCCUUCUUUGCAGAAUGCCAAUCUCCUUAUUCAGAAUGGGGGCCCGGUGGAGCUCUUCGAGGUCCUUUCAGACUAUCAUCCCACUUGUCGAGUGUCUAUCUUCACCUCUUGGCCGUUCCCCAGUCGCGGAUCAUAUCAAGUCAUCAACAAACAUUGGGCCCUUUCACCGAUGCUACAUGCUGUGCAUGUCAGCGACUAUUCAAAGGAAAUGUCUAGGCCAGGUCUUACCCAUUCUGAUUACCUUCUAAAGAAGCUUAUAUUACAGUCGCCACAAAUAAAGGAGGCUUCAUUGCAAACCACUACUAAUCCCUAUGGAGGUAUGCGUCCUCAUGACCCAAAACACAACCAAGGCCUUCUAGUGGAAGAUGGAAGCCUGAAUAAAACACCCACUGGCAAGCUCCAAAGACUAAUAUGGCCCCUUAAAAGCAAAAUGACAGCCGAGCAGUUCAAGGAGUGGCAAAUGGUCACAGAUUUCAGCCUUCUAGAAUCAUGGACUAUUGGCUGCGUUGAAGACUCAGCACUGCUCCAGACUAUUGCGGAUAUCCACCCUUUCCAGCAACUGACACGACUCACCCUUGCUCUUGUCGCACCGAAAGGGGACGUUGACGACACUCUAGAAUUUUGGCGUGCUGCGGAGUCAACGUUUCAUUCUCUACCUCCGUUGACCUAUCUUUGGUUACUGGGAUCUUUUAAGCCUGCAUUUUUCAAUCGUGGAGUCCUGGCCAAACAUGGAUUAACUCUACUUGAACUGAGAUUAUAUACGGGCCCGGGGGUCAUUCAAGACAUCAACACACUUUCAUACACACUCGAAGGACAAAUUGCGCCCGCAUUUUCGUCUGAUGAUAUUUCAGAGCUCGCAGGCCAGUGUCCGUCUCUGCAGAAGCUAUUUAUAUGCGCACAAAGAUCUCAAGAUCUCGGGACGGAUGUCUGGAAUGCAUUGGGCCGGUUCCCAUCCCUUCAGGAGCUCGACUUGACGCUGAAAUGCUCACCUGAGAUGGAUGCCAACAUGAUGCCGGUCCCGCCCCGUGAGUUGUCGGAGUUUGAAAAGGGCGUCCUAGUUGAAUAUCGCGCCUCUUGCCGGAGAUGGUUUAUUCGGGACUGCAUUAUAAACUGUUCAAUCAACGAGAGUUUGGCUAAGGCAUACUUCACGCAUAUACGCGCAUGUCAGGAUGAAAAACGCUUCGCCCAACUUGUGCUUCGCCCUCUUUAUAAUACAGUCCCUGGCCGUGAUUACUUCAACCACCUGGCUCUUACGUGGACGAUUGAAUUAAGUGCUCUGACAGGCCUACAUGCAAAAUGCAAAAAGACGUCCGAAUCUCGCGUUCCGACACUGGAGACGAGCUUUGGGGCAGAGAUGAUAUCGAUUUUUCGAUCCAUCUGA